AUGAAGGCAGUGAAGCUUGUAGAGGAGGAGAAAGGAGGAGGCGGCAGAGGUGCUGGUCGUAAUGGGUACACCAACGCAGUAGAUGGGGAGGAGGGAGGAGGUGAGGGUGAGGAAGAGGAGGAGGGAGGAGAGGAGGAUGGAGGAGGAGGAGAUGGAGGAGGAGAGGAGAGGGAUCCAGACUGGGAUGAAGAGCUGGACGGUGAGGACGAUGGAGGAGUGAGGAUGAAACGAACCGACACACUUCACUCGACCACAAGUUCAACUGGAACACAAAGGAGGAGAGGACAACAUGCUAAGAAACAGGUCCAAGGCAGUAAUCAGGUCCAGCGAGCUCCCAGAGCGCUGUUCUGUCUGAAACUCAACAAUCCAAUCAGACGAGCCGCUCUCUCUAUCGUCGAGUGGAAACCGUUUGAUAUCUUCAUUCUGUUAGCCAUCUUUGCUAACUGUGUCGCUCUGGGAGUUUCUAAACCGUUUCCUGAGGAUGACUCCAACUCCACCAACCACGACCUGGAACAAGUGGAGUACAUCUUCCUCAUCAUCUUCACUGUGGAGACCUUCCUGAAGAUCCUGGCCUACGGUCUGGUGAUGCACCCCAGCUCCUACAUCCGCAAUGGAUGGAACUUGCUCGACUUCGUCAUCGUCAUCGUUGGGUUGUUCAGCGUUGUCUUGGAGACGAUGACUCAUAAAUCUGGCGAGCAGGCGACCAGUCAUCAUGUGCCGGGGAAACCUGGAGGUCUGGACGUCAAAGCUCUAAGAGCCUUCAGAGUCCUGAGGCCCCUCAGACUGGUUUCUGGAGUUCCCAGUCUGCAGAUUGUGUUGAACUCCAUCAUGAAGGCAAUGGUUCCUCUACUCCACAUCGCUCUGCUGGUUCUCUUUGUCAUCAUCAUCUACGCCAUCAUCGGUCUGGAGCUCUUCAUAGGACGCAUGCACAAGACCUGCUACUACAUAGGACUAGAUAAUUUUGUGGAGGACGACCCGGUGCCGUGUGCGUUUGCCGGUCACGGCCGUCAGUGCAACGUUAACGGGACAGAGUGUCGGGGGAAGUGGGACGGUCCCAACGGAGGAAUCACCAACUUCGACAACUUCUUCUUCGCCAUGUUGACCGUGUUCCAGUGCAUCACGAUGGAGGGAUGGACGGACGUUCUCUACUGGAUGAAUGACGCCAUAGGGUUCGAGCUGCCCUGGGUUUAUUUUGUCAGUCUGGUGAUUUUCGGAUCGUUCUUCGUUCUCAACCUGGUUCUGGGAGUCCUCAGCGGAGAGUUCAGUAAGGAGAGGGAGAAGGCGAAGGCUCGGGGAGAUUUCCAGAAGCUGAGGGAGAAGCAGCAGAUGGAGGAGGAUCUGUGUGGAUACAUGGACUGGAUCACUCAGGCCGAAGACAUGGACGAACUGGACGAGGACGGGAACCCACGUCCGUGUCUGGGUGAUCUGUCAGAUAAGAAGAGAGGGAAGUUUGGGUGGUUCAGUCACUCCAAUGAAACUCACGCGAGUCUUCCUGCCAGUGAAACAGCUUCUGAGAACACCGUGAACAUCGACGAGGAACACACCAACUGCUGCCAGGCCUGCUGCUCGCGGAUGAUGAAGAUCGGCUGCUGUCGGACGCUGCGUCGGUGGAACCGAGUCUGUCGCAGGAACUGUCGCACUGCCGUCAAAUCUGUGACGUUCUAUUGGCUGGUUCUGCUGCUCGUCUUCCUCAACACCUCCCUCAGUGCCUCCGAGCACUACAACCAACCUGAUUGGCUCACACAAGUCCAAGACAUCGCCAACAAGGUGCUGCUGUCUCUGUUCACGGUGGAGAUGCUGCUAAAGAUGUACAGUCUGGGUUUGGCUCAUUACUUCGUGGCGUUCUUUAACCGCUUCGACUGCUUCGUGGUGUGCGGCGGCAUCAUGGAGACUAUCCUGGUGGAGCUGGAGAUCAUGCCUCCUCUGGGCAUCUCCGUGCUGCGCUGCGUCCGCCUGCUGAGGAUCUUCAAGGUCACACGCCAUUGGACGGCUCUGUCUAAUCUGGUGGCGUCCCUGCUGAACUCCAUGAAGUCCAUCGCCUCCCUGCUGCUCCUCCUCUUCCUCUUCCUCAUCAUCUUCGCUCUGCUCGGCAUGCAGCUGUUCGGAGGGAAGUUCAACUUCGACGAGACGCAGACCAAACGCAGCACCUUCGACGCCUUCCCACAGGCGCUGCUCACCUGCUUCCAGAUCCUGACAGGUGAGGACUGGAACGUGGUGAUGUACGAUGGCAUCAUGGCGUACGGAGGCCCCGUUUUUCCCGGGAUGAUCGUCUGCGUUUACUUCGUCAUCCUCUUCAUCUGUGGUAACUACAUCCUGCUGAACGUCUUCUUGGCCAUCGCUGUGGACAACCUGGCUGGAGGAGACGGAGACAGCAAGAACGAGAAGAAGACGGAGAGCGCAGAGGAGGAGGUUGAAGAGCAGGAAGAAGAAGUGAAGGUGGACAUCGACGAAGACACCGAGUACGAGGAGGAUGAAGAGCCUCCUGAGGGAGAAGACGAUGGAGGAGUCCAGUUAAAGAUGGCUGACCUGGCUCCUCCUAAAGAGAAGAUUCUCCCGAUCCCAGAAGGCAGUGCGUUCUUCUGCCUCAGCAACACAAACCCUAUCCGUGUGGCCUGUCACACUCUGAUCCACCACCACAUCUUCACCAACCUCAUCCUCGUCUUCAUCAUCCUCAGCAGCUGCUCAUUGGCUGCCGAGGAUCCAAUCAGAGCCCACUCCUUCAGGAACAACAUCCUGGGUUACGCGGACUACGCCUUCACCUCCAUCUUCACUGUGGAGAUUCUGUUAAAGAUGACGGUCCACGGAGCGUUCCUCCACCAGGGCUCCUUCUGCAGGAACUGGUUUAACUUGUUGGAUCUGCUGGUCGUCAGCGUCUCGCUGGUCUCCUUCUUCCUUCACUCCAGCGCCAUCUCGGUGGUGAAGAUCCUCAGAGUCCUCCGGGUGCUCAGACCUCUGAGGGCCAUCAACAGAGCCAAAGGACUCAAGCAUGUGGUCCAGUGUGUGUUUGUGGCCAUCAGGACGAUCGGAAACAUCAUGAUCGUCACGACUCUGCUGCAGUUCAUGUUCGCCUGCAUUGGAGUCCAACUGUUCAAGGGAAAAUUUUAUCGCUGCACAGACGAAGCCAAGAGCACACCUGAACAGUGCAAAGGGACCUUCGUGGUGUAUAAAGAUGGUGACGUGAGCCACCCGAUGGUCAGGGAGAGGAUCUGGCAGAACAGCGACUUUAACUUUGAUAACGUGUUGAUGGGGAUGAUGGCGCUCUUCACCGUCUCCACCUUCGAGGGCUGGCCCGCGCUGCUGUAUAAAGCCAUCGACGCUAACGGGGAGAACUCUGGUCCCAUCUACAACUACCGCGUUGAGAUCUCCAUCUUCUUCAUUGUCUACAUCAUCAUCAUCGCCUUCUUCAUGAUGAACAUCUUUGUGGGUUUCGUCAUCAUCACCUUCAGAGAGCAGGGAGAGCAGGAGUACAAGAACUGUGAGCUGGACAAGAACCAGCGUCAGUGUGUGGAGUACGCUCUGAAGGCUCAGCCGCUGAAGCUUUACAUCCCAAAGAACCCGGUCCAGUACAAGUUCUGGUCAAUCAUCAACUCGACAGGAUUCGAAUACGUCAUGUUCGUCCUCAUCCUGCUCAACACCGUCACUCUGGCUGUUCAGCACUACGAACAGUCGAAGACCUUCAGCCACAUCAUGGACAUCCUCAACAUGGUGUUUACUGGACUCUUCACUGUGGAGAUGGUGCUGAAGCUGCUCGCCCUCAGACUCAGGCAUUACUUUAUAGACGCCUGGAACUCGUUCGACGCUCUGAUCGUGGUCGGCAGCGUCGUGGAUAUCGUCGUCACGGAGUUCAGUAGUGGGGAGGACAGCUCUCGGGUGUCGAUCACCUUCUUCCGCCUGUUUCGAGUGAUGCGAUUGGUCAAGCUGCUGAGUAAAGGGGAGGGGAUUCGUACACUGCUGUGGACUUUCAUUAAAUCGCUGCAGGCUCUGCCGUACGUCGCUCUGCUCAUCGCCAUGAUCUUCUUCAUCUACGCUGUGAUCGGGAUGCAGACGUUUGGGAAGAUUGCGAUGCAGGAUUUCACUCAGAUCAACAGGAACAACAACUUCCAGACUUUUCCUCAGGCGGUUCUUCUCCUCUUCAGGUGUGCUACAGGCGAGGCGUGGCAGGAGAUCAUGUUGGCCAGUCUUCCAGGUAAACGCUGCGACCCCGAGUCGGACUACGAACCAGGAGAGGAGUUCAGCUGCGGCAGCAACAUCGCCAUCGUUUACUUCAUCAGCUUCUUCAUGCUGUGUGCUUUCCUGAUCAUUAAUCUUUUCGUCGCCGUCAUCAUGGACAACUUUGACUACCUGACACGUGAUUGGUCCAUUCUGGGGCCGCAUCAUCUGGACGAGUUCAAGAGGAUCUGGUCCGAAUACGAUCCAGAGGCCAAAGGGCGUAUCAAACACCUGGACGUUGUGGCUCUGCUCAGGAGGAUUCAGCCUCCGCUGGGUUUUGGGAAACUCUGUCCUCACAGAGUGGCCUGUAAGCGUCUGGUUGCGAUGAACAUGCCUCUGAACUCUGACGGCAUGGUGACCUUUAACGCCACGCUCUUUGCUCUGGUUCGCACCGCCCUCAAGAUCAAGACUGAAGGUAACCCUGACCAGGAGAACGAGGAGCUGAGGGGGAUCAUCAAGAAGAUCUGGAAGAGAAUGAAACCAAAACUACUGGAUGAAGUAAUACCACCACAUGAAGAGGAGGAAGUGACAGUGGGGAAGUUUUACGCGACCUUCCUGAUUCAGGAUUACUUCAGGAAGUUCAGGAAGAGGAAAGAGAAAGCAGGUCUGCCCGGAGAGGUCGACGCCGCCAACCCGUCUGCUGUCCAGCUGUGUAAAGCCGGUCUGAAGACUCUGCAGGAUCUGGGUCCGGAGAUGCGUCUGGCUCUGAACGAAGACAUGGAUGUGGACGAGGACGAGGAGGUCAUGAUGGAGGACGAAGAGCAGGAGGAGAACGCCACGUAUAAGGGGGAAAACGGGUUCGGACCGGAGAAGGACCGGCGAGGCUCCAUACUGACCACGCCCACAGGUCAGGGUGGUGUCAUCGGGGACGGCGGCGUGUCUAACGGAGGUCUAGUACACCGGGUCGGUUCUGUCACCAAGACGCCGAAUGGCAGCGAACACGACGAGCACCUUCGCCGUGGAGACAACAUGAGGUCAUCUAUCAAUCAUCAUCGCCGCCCAUCGGUGAAGAACGGCGUGCUGGACUCCGCCCACAAGAGGCCGUCAUACCGCAUACAUGGAAGGAGGGACUCGAGGGAGAGAUCCUGGAGGAACGGAGACAUGGAGGCGUACGGAGAGCAAGGUUACUACAGCAGAGAGGAAGACAACGACAGCAUCACCUCCAGAGACAGACAUUACCCCGAUGAGCCUCCUCUAUACAGAGACCACUACGAUGGCCACGCCCCCUACACCAACAGUAGUUAUGGUAACGGAUACAACGAGGCCAGGAGGACGACCAGGAGACGCCUACUUCCUGCCACGCCCACAGGUCGGAAGCCGUCGUUUAACAUCCAGUGUCUGAGGAGGCAGGGCAGCAACGACGACCUGCCCAUCCCCGGGACGUACCACCCCACCUCGCCGCCACGCCGCACACGCACACAGACGUUCAGCAGUUAUGAGUCUCGUCAGUCGUCCGGUCGCUCCUCGGCGGCCUCCUCGGCAUCCUGGGCGAACCCGUGUCCUCGUCGCGGUCGCCUCCUCUACGCUCCUCUCAUCCUGGUGGAGGAGGAAGGCAGCCCUCCCUGGGGGGGAGGAAGGGGAGGAGGAGGAGGAGAGGGGAAGAAGGGAGAAGCAGGUAGAGGUGUCAAUGUGACAGGUGCCGCACCCAGACAGGCGUGGUACGGUGGCCCUGCAGGGACAUCAGCUCCGCCUCCGUACAGAGCGUACACCACCCUGCGAGUUCCCUCGCAGCUCGGCGCUCAGCUCACCGAGAAACGAGGGUCAGCCGACAGUCUGGUGGAGGCGGUUCUGAUCUCGGAGGGUCUCGGUCUUUACGCUCGGGAUCCAAAGUUUGUGGCGUUUGCGAAGCGGGAGAUCGCAGACGCGUGUCACAUGACCGUGGACGAGAUGGAGUCGGCCGCCAGCGACCUGCUCGGCACGGGGAGCCACGGUAUCCUCGGCAACGCUGCCGUCGACCCCGCCGCACUCUAUAGUGACGAGGAGCCAAUCAGGAUGGGCCGCGAGGAGGACGAGCUGGCGGACGAGAUGACCUGUGUGACAUCAUUCUGAUGCUCUGGACCAAUUAGGGAUAAGACUGCGUCAUCAAUGAUUGACAAGGCAUUUGACCAAUAAGAUGCAUGACACAGGGAGGCGGGGUUUAAUCGAAGUAACGUGUCUGGCAAGAUUUUGACCAAUGGGGAGUGUAGAGGGAGGUUAAUUUAGUGGUUUAAUGGACUGAUUUUAGGAGGAAUGUUGGAAAGGUUAAGAAAGGACGAAGAGAAAGAAGGAGAGAACGUUUGAGAGACAAAAGAUGAAACAUUUAGGAGGUAAAGAAGGAAGGAGAAAGGUUGAGACACAAAGCAUAACAUUUUAACGGGAAACGUUCAGAAGGAGUAAACGGAGGAUGUAGGUAUCAGAAGGGAAGAGGAGGAGGAGUAAACAAAAGUAAAGAAGGCGUCGAAGAGAGAAGGAAAUACUGUAGAAGAAGAAAAAGAGAGUCAAGAAGUGACGAAGGAGGAAGGAAAAGGAAGAAGACGAGCACGGACAUUUUCAGAAUCAACUCGUGGAAAAACGACCAGCAGAGUGUGAGUAAGCGCUGUCGUGUCGUCACGGUGACACGUCACAUCAGCGAUCUACCAGUGGACAGAAUCACACUUUACCCACAAUGCAUUACUGACUGUUUUUUACACGGCUGUGCUGUCGGGAAGCGGGACACAGAUUAGGAAACAUGUUUCUAACAUUAAGUUAAGAUUCUGUUUCCUGUUUGAAGUCCGUGGACGGCGUGAAUUAUGCUCCGCCCUUCCUACCUCCUCAGAGGCGUCCGGUGGGAUUCUGUCAGCUUCGAUCUGCUUUCAGAUGUUUCACAGGUUUUUAUAUCUCACGUGUUUUAAUGCUGUUAGUGUGCUGAAGUCCUGCUCUGUGGCUCGUCGCGCCGCUCGGAGGAUUUUACUGCUCAUAUUUCAUUAAUGUGUAUUUUUAUUCUCAAACUUUCAGCCGUCUACAAUCAGACGAUGAACUGAAAAGACUUUUUAGUCUCUGUUGGUUUUUUUAUCGCACCGGUUUGUUCAGUGUGGUCAACGUGUCUUUUUUUAAAUGUUUGCUAUUUUUUAUUCUGACACAGAACUCGAUGUUUUGUCUUGUCUGAAUUGUUGUGUGUUUCCGUCAUCUUUUAGUUUCCCAGCAGUUAAGGGCUUUUCAAUCCCACGCCUGGAUCCCCUCCCAAAACCCUUUGAAGACGUUGAGAACCUCCACGUUCAGCUCCGUCUUGACCUUCGUUUACCUCAAAUAAAGACUGAAGA